AUGUAAGUACUACGAACAGCUGAUUUUUUUGGAGUACCCUUCAUUCAACAAAUUGAUCCAAAACAAUCAAUUUAUAAAAGUGCUUUUGGAGGAUUAGUUACUUUACUUAUUUGUUCUGCAAGUCUAGCAUAUGCUAUUUGGGUGCUUUACUUAUGGCAAAACAAUUAAUUAAGCCCUAAGAUUUCUAAUUCAAUUUAUGUGUCUGAUUUUUCUUUGUUGGAUUUGGAAUAUGAUGUUAUAAAAUUGUAUUAUUGGAAAUUUGGAGAAAACUAGAUAGACCCUUUUGAAUCUAAAAUAUUAUUGCCAUUAGUUAUGUAUACAACUAAUUUUAGUUUUACUGAGCUUUAACUUAUAUAAAUGUCAAAUGAAACUUCUGUUGAUGGAUCAAGUAAAUAUAUCAUUCCAAAAAUGAGUUUGGCAUUUUAGACAAUAAAUGGAGAACUAUAUACAACAUCAGAAAUGUAUAUAGAAAUAGUUUUAUGUUAAGAGAUAUAUCUAUAGCCAAAUGNAAUUUUUUUCACAACUCAAUGAUGAAGAUGCUGAUUUAUUAUCUCUUUCUAAUAAGGCUAAAGAAGUUCAACUCUCAGUUCCAGAUGAAAUUUGUAUUGAAAAGGAUUUCUAUGAAAAUAAUAAAAUAUCAUGA